GAGAACCAUGGCGAGUGAUAACAAGGACUGGGAGCUAGAGGAAGGGAUUCCUCAGGUGGAGGACCCUUUCAUUCAACAAUACUUGAAGGGACGCAAUGCGCUUAUUGCAGAGGAGCAGAAAAGACGCCACGACGCGACAUUUCGGAGAACUUUGUCUCCAAUUGCUGCACGGGCAUGCAAAAUUGUCUCUCAGAUCCGAGCACGUGAGCAGAACGAGGUAUGGACACAAGGACUAGACGACGCGACAGCCCACGAGUCCGACGAGAUUCUUUACCCAGGAGUGAUGUUCCACCAUGCCAAAGGUCGUAUGGAAAAGACGAACCUGUGGAAAAUUGUGGACAAAAUGCCUAAAGGAUCGCUUCUGCACGCUCACAUGGAUGCGAUGUUCGACAUUGACUUCUUGGUUGAUCAAGCGUUCUCAACGCCGGGCAUGCAUAUCUCCGCACCAGCCCCAUUGAUUACUCAACAAGACUUUGAGUCCGCGCUUUUCGGAUUUGAGUUCGUAUCCAAACCAGAGACGGCUACUGAUAAGCCCGCCAUUUGGUCUGAGCAGUAUGAAGCUUCAACCCUUAUCCCUAUCCAGACUGCCGCGUCUUCAUUUCCAAAUGGCGGAGAGGCGGGAUUCCGGGAAUGGGUCAAGAGUCGAUGCAUGAUUAUGCCAGAGCACUCGUACAAGCACCACCAUGGAGUUGAUGCGAUUUGGAAAAUCUUCAAGGGAUGCUUUGGGGUGAUCAACUCUAUCCUGAUGUACGAACCGAUUUUCCGGGCAUGCCUGCGUCGCAUGUUGGGGCAACUUGCGGCAGACGGAAUUCGAUAUGUCGAGUUUCGCAUCGUAUUGCGUAUUCCGUUUCGGAAAGAAGGUAGUGAUGAGCCCGAGACAGAUCAUACAGAGUUCUUCAGGGUGUUUGAGGAGGAGAUGAAUCAGUUCAAGGAAUCCGAAGCGGGAAAGAAUUUCUACGAAGCCCGAAUUAUCUGGUGCUGUUUGCGAAUUCUUCCUAACGCUGAUCUUGUUGAGGAUAUGAAGAACUGUAUUGCCAUGAAGCAAUCCUUCCCGGAUGUGAUUUGUGGAUUUGAUCUAGUCGGCCAAGAAGAUACUGGCAGGCCCCUUGUGGAUUUGGUGCCAAUACUAUUCUGGUUCAAGAAACAAUGUGCCGAGGAGGGAGAAGACAUCCCGUUCUUUUUCCAUGCCGGUGAAACCUUGGGAGACGGCGAUGCAACGGACAAAAACCUCUUUGAUGCGAUCCUGUUGGGCACAAGAAGAAUCGGCCAUGGAUUCUCCCUAUAUAAACACCCGCUGCUCAUUGACCUAGUCAAGGAGAGGAACAUCAUGGUCGAGUGUUGCCCCAUCUCCAAUGAGAUUCUCCGACUUACGAGCUCCAUCAAGUCUCAUCCGUUGCCGGCCAUGCUAUCCCGGGGCGUCCCCGUCUCACUUUGCAACGACGACCCGGCUAUUCUCGGCCAUGGAAAGAAUGGACUUACGCAUGACUUUUGGCAGGUCAUGCAAGGUCUUGAAAACGUCGAUCUUGCGGGGCUUGCAAUGAUGGUACAGAAUUCCAUCCGGUGGAGCUGCUACGAGGAUCAGUCAACUGCGGAGUGGAAGGCUGAGGUCGGAGAGGGAAUCCUGGGAGAGGGAAUCAAGGCUGCCCGUUUGCGGGAAUGGUACUCGGACUUUGAGAAGUUCUGUGAAUGGGUGGUGAUGGAGUUUGCGGAGUUUGACGAGGACGAUUGA